AUGAAUAUUUCUAGAUUUUGGCUGUUAAUUACAAUAAUAUUAAUUUAUAUUACAAGUUUAGAAAGAGAUGCGGAGGAAAAAGGACUUGUAAAUUAUUCUUCUCAAGUUUCAAUUUUAGAAUUAACUAAAAAAAAAUCUAAGUCAAAGAAAAAAAAAAAGCAAAAAAAGAAAAAAAAAAGCAAAAAAAGUACAAGAGAAGAAAAUAAAAAGUUGAAAAAGAAGGUUUCUACUAAGGAAAAACGUAAAGAGAAUAAGAUGAAGAAAUUAAAUAAGAAACAACAAGAAAAGAUGGAAAAGAAGCAAAAAAAAUUAGAAGAAAAUAAAAAAAAAGAGGAAUUAAAGAAGAAAAAACAAUUGGAAAAGAAAGAAAAAGAGGAAAAAAAGAAGGAGAUAAAGAUACAGAAACAGCAGGAGAAAAAACAAUUAAAGGAACAGGAGCGUUCUCAGAAAAAAGAGAAAAAAAAGGGUAAAGAUUUAAAUAAAGAAAAAAGUGUAAGAAAAAAUCCAUUUGAAAAAUUCAAGGAGAUUAGAAGAAAUAAAAUACAAAAUAGCAGGGUUUAUAAUAAACUGUAUAAUACUGAUACCGAUGUAGAUACUGAUAUUUCUGAAGCUGAAGUUGAAACUAAUAGCUCUUUAAAUUCUACAAACAAAAUUCGUUCUUCUCAGGUCAAGCCAGUUUCAUCAAAGUCUAUGGUAUCAUUUCCUAUAAUAAAUAAGAGUAAAUUUGAACAUGAAGAUGAGGAUGAGAAUGAGGAUGAGGAAUAA